CUUUGUUUCAUUUCAGACGAAUUUUUUCCCUAUCUAAAGUUUUUAGAAUUUUUACUGUCAAUAUUUUUCCCGCUUUUUCGUCUUCACUCCCAGCGAUUCCAGUUGAAGGUGUUGCGAUUGUAGUUGGUUGUUUUUGGUUUUGCGAUUUUCGUCCUCGGGUCCGGCGUUAGUUUAUGUGUUGUUCGGCAUUUUGAAGGGUAGGAUUUGGAAGUUCUUUCGUCUCCUGCCGUUGCCUCCGGCGACUGUGUCCGUGGGUACGGAGCAAUUUCUCCCUCUACAGGUGAUUCCAGUUCGUAAGGGUUUCCAACCAUUGGUGGUUCGCCUUCCGCCCAAGGCUCCGGCGACUCCCUCCACCAUUCCUAUGUACGGAACUUUCAGAGAGGAAGAAUGGAAACCUCUCAACAAAAUUCAACUAAAAAGAAUAGACUAGCAGGGUGGUUCUCACUUGCCAAGUUUGAAGCUGCAGAGAUUUCUUUGAAAAAAACUCAUGUUGAUACUAAUAAAGAGAGCUAUCAUGAUGGAAUAACUGUAACCACUAAGGAAUAUGCUGAAGAUUUGAACAAAGAGAUCAUCAAUUACAAUGAAAGAAGGAUGAGAAGAUCAAAGUCUGGCGUGUUUUCGAUAACCUUGAAGCUGUAUCCGGGCAAAUACGAGAUCAAAUUCAUAGUUAAUGGACAAUGGAAACUCGAUCCUCUGCGCCCUACCGUCAACAACAAUGGACAUCAAAACAACCUUUUCAUCUUUACAUAUUUUGAUGAGUUAAUGUGUGUGUGUCUGUCAACACAUGACUCCUUACUGCUUUUAAUUUUGAUUUUUGAGUACGUUUUCUGCUCGACGUUGAGUUCCUUCAGGGCAGAUUCAUGGAGGCUACUAAAUUAUACUCCCUCCGUCCCCAAAAUAAGUUCCUCUUUGGGGAUGGCACGAGUUUUAAGGAAAAUUGUAAAGUGUAUUGAUAGUGGAAAAAAAAUAUGUUAUACUCCCUCCGUCCCAAUAAAAGUGGCCACUUUUUUUUGGGCACGAAGAUUAAGAAGGGGAUUGUUAUGUUUUAAUUGAGUGUGACCCACCAAAAUUAGUGAGUAAUUUUUAGAAAGUGGCCUACAAUUGUUGACCAAAUUAUUGAGUACUUUUGACAUUUUUAGAAAGUGGCCUACAAUUGUUGACCAAAUUAAUGAGUAAUUGUUGACUUAAUUAAAGUAAACUUUUGCCAUUUUUAGAAAGUAGCCACUUUUAAUGGGACACCCAAAAAGGAAAUGUGGCCACUUUUAUUGGGACGGAGGG